GGAGCGGUGGAGGUGCGCACCAUCCAGCGAAUUCCGAACAGACUAUAAAGGCGCCCUUUCGGACCAAGUUAUUUUUGAAAAAAUGUGAAAAAGAGGGAGUAUUUAUUGAGACACAGACUUCGGCGAAACGCAAAUCUCUGCAUGUCUACCAACUAGGCCCGUGGAUCUGCCCAGAGCAGACGAUAAAGGGAAUGACCCGAUACACACUCUCUCCGUGCUGCCAACUUCUGCAUACCCAGUGUUCCCAGGCAACACACAUUCGCAUACAUGAAAGAGAGUGAUCGCCUUUUAAUCAAAAAGUGCACCAAAAGUCGAUUCUUUUCGCGAAUGUUUAGAACCAUCAAAAGGUGGGUUUGAAAAUGCACCAAUUCGGCACCUGAUCGGGCGAAACUGUGUCAGCUGGUCAGCUGACGGUGGUGUCACUUUGGUGUUCUGAAGCUGAAGUUAUCGAGAUCGAGUUUCGCCUCCCACCCAAUAUGGCGUCCCGCGCUCGGUUUCGUCGAAAAAAAAAAACUAUUGUUGCACCUUCGCGAACGGUGUUUUUCAUUAAUAAUACUUUAAAAAUCGUUCAAAAGAGAAAUAUUUACCUUUGCGACAAGUGAAAACUCGUGUGUCAGUGCUCUAGUGUGGUCGGUGCUCAAGAUCCGUUGGACCUAACCUCGAAGGUGCGGCGAUGGCCGAGUUUGCAGAUCUCAAGCAUCCGGCGAUGACGAGGACCAGCUCACCAGUUCCGAUCAUGACUUGUAUGGUUUCCGCAUGACGCCGCUAUAAGCGAGGGAGGGCUGUUAAGAGGAGCAGCCAACAAGAGCAGUCGUCAGUCGCCAGCAGCCACACGAGCAGCCACCGAGGGAGACCUGAGUACAUACUCCGUCAGCUUGUUCGGUCGUCGCCCGCUGAGCACCUUCCAAGUGUCCAACAUGUCGCACAACGGGUUGCCGGUCCUGCUAGCCCUGCUGCUGUUGUUGCUCAAGUACAGCAGAGCGGAGACCAGCGCCGUCAGCUCCGCCAGCCCAACCAGCACCGUCAGAACCACCAGCACGACCGGCAAAACGGCCAGCACUCGCUCAGCGACUGAGGAGAGGAGUGAUUUGUGGAUGUGCAAAAUAGAACGCCAAUGCCACAACGUGACCUGCGCGGAGUGCAUGCCGCAGGAUGAGAGCUGCGCGUUUAGGUGCCAGCAAAAAUGUACAUGUGCCUGCCUGGGCUACGAGAUCGACGGCACGGACCUGGGGCUGUAUUUGGAGUGCGGUACAAAGAGGGACUGCUUCGCGAAAUACUUUCCUGCUGUUCUGGUCUGCCCCGAUGAGGAAUGCCUUGCCAAGCGUUUGCUGGACAUGGAAACGUGCAAGUGCGAGUGCCUGCAGCUGACUCGCGCCCAGGCUAGUGUGGCCGUGGCGAUCACCGCGGCCACCAUAUGCGGGGAAACCAUGAGAGAGAAUAACGGGCAAUGUAAAAUAGAGUGCGAGGAGGGUGCGAGGCAGAUCCUCAUGGACGAGUGUGGCGGUGAGGGAGAGAAAUGCUUGAAGUUGAAAAAGCAGGACUGCCGAUGUCAUUGCGCAGGCCUCCCCAGCACCACCCCGCCACACGACCCGGCGGAAAAGUUGUGCGAUGCAAUGUGCUACAAGGCCACGUACAAUUGUAUGCGGGGUGUAGGGAACAUCGAGCAAGGAAAAUUGUGUUCGGCGUACAAAGCUAACUGCUUGUGCGAGUGCCGGGCCGGCGCAGCGAAGAGCACUGACGCUGCCGAGUACAGGACGGCCACCGAGGACAGGGCGCAACUGGAGCUGUGCGCCUACGUGCGGUCGUGCCACAAUGCGACCUGCGGAUGCCUCGAGGGAGAUGAAGAGUGCGUGUCCCAGUGCCGCGACAGCUGCCGCUGUGGGUGCUUGUCCUUCCCCGGGGACGGACCGGGCGCACAGCGCGCGCAGCCGGCGGGCGGGCGGCUGACGGUCAGUCAGUGCCGGGAUAGAAGGGAGGCGUGCGUUGGGAGCUGCGCCGGGGACAGAGGCUGCAAAGACUGGUGCUACCUGGAGAAGGAGGUGUGCGACUGCCAGUGCGCCGGACGGAGCAUCCCGCCCAGCCCCAAGAAAAGAGUGACGAUCCCCACCGACACGGGAGAUAAACCGACAGUGAUGCACUGCAACUAUCUUAACUAAGACAUUUUCGGACGAUUAAAUUAGCACAAAAGCACUCCGCUAGACGGGGAGAGCGGGUGUGCAGGUUUCGGAAUAACCGCUGUGGCUUGUCAGCUCAAAUCGUUUUGAAUAAACAGAGUUUUAAAAGGUGA